CAUUACAGUGUCCUAUUCAUUGGCGAGGUACACGCACCUACUAUACAGCAGAGAAUUACCUACUUACUUGUUUACUUUUUUUUUUAUAAUAAUAAUUAUUUUAUUUUAUUUUUAUUGAAUUAUUGUUAGUGAUAUAUACAUUUAAAUUCAUCAAUAAUCAAGCUUAAUUUAAAUCGUUGCAUGUUUUCUAUAUAAUUUUUAUAAUUUUAUCAGUAUAAAAUAAAAUAAUAAAUUUAAAUGAAAAAAAAUAUUAUAUACAUUAUAUUGUAGUGCAGAGGUAUAACACGAAAUCGCCAACCGGUGUCAAAUUGGUUAAAGAUCGUUUACUUUCACUUUCUGAAUUAGUGUACUACUAUGUAGAAUUAAAUUUCGAUUAUGUUCAAUGGCAUCACAGAUCUUAUUAUUUAUUAACGACGAAGCUCAAAAACCUACUUUUUGAUAGUGUUAGUACUGAAUAGUUUAUAUAUAUAUGUGUUAUUGAAUGUAAUCAUAUAGUAGUAGUAUUUUUGUUGUUGAUGUUGUUAUGUUAAAUUAAUAUUUUUAUUUAACACUUAAACAAAAUAACUUUUUUUUAAAGUAUAGUUUGCUUUUUGUUUCUGUAAAAAUAUAUAAGUUUAUUUUCACUUAUGUUAUUAAAGUCUUGUUAAAUUGCUUAUAUACGUUAAAAAUGUCUAUAGAUUUUCUUGCCAUAAUUAUUUGAUAAUCCAAUUAUUUAGAUGUCACAUACUUUCAAUGUUUUAGUGAGCAGAUAACUAGCAGUAUUAGAAAAAUUUAGAACCCAUUGUAAAAUAUUGAAUGCAUAAUAUAUCAAAAUAGGAAUACAGGAAAAAUAUUGUUCGCGACUCUUAUAAAUAGGAUGAAAAAUUUACUGUUGUUCGGGUUGCUGGUCGCGCAAUCGUGUCCCGGGAUGUUCGGCGCGCGAAUAUUGGCGGUCGAACCGCACGGCAGUAGGAGCCACUGGCAGUACAUGAAGUCCAUACUGGACCUGUUGACCGCCCGGCACCAGGUGACGGUCAUCACGCCGCUGCCGUCCGGCGACCGGGAGAACUACACGGAAAUCGACGCGUCGCAGGUGUUCCCCGUCUACCCGGUGAUGGACACCGUGGACAUGAUCGAGCAGUUCGGUUCGGUGGUGAACAUGCUGCCGCCGGUGCCGGAGCGCAGCCUCGAGCGCGACAUCUGUGACGCGUUCUUCGACUUCGGACCGGUCAGGGACCUGUUGCGCCGCGGCGCCGACGGCCGGUACGACGUGGUCCUGCUGGAGCCGUUCUACUCGCCGUGCCUGUCGUACCUGGCGCACAGGUUGCGCGUCCCCGAAAUCUACGCCAUCCCGUCGUCCAUGAUCACGCCCCUGGAGAUGCUGCUGUUCGGCACGGAACCCAGCCCGUCGUACGUACCGAACCUGUUGUACAGCGGCGCGUCCAUGGACGGUUUCGCGCAGCGGUUGGCCAACGUGGCGAUGUUUGCGUACGUCAAGAUCGUGCCGUGGCUGACCAACGUCCGGAUGAUGUACCGCGAACCGAGACGGUACGACGUGGUCCGGCACCGACCGUCGUUGGUGUUCAUCAACACGCAUUUCAUCACCGAAUCGCCACGACCGUUUCCGGUCAACAUGAUACAGAUCGGCGGCAUCCACCUGCGACCUCCCGAAGUGUUGCCAUACGACAUAUUAGAAUUUAUCGAAAAUUCACCACAUGGAAUAAUAUACUUUACAUUUGGAUCCGUCUCAUCAAUGUCAACUUUGCCAAAGCACAUUAAACAAACAUUCAUUGAAUCGUUUGCACAAGUUCCUCAAAGAGUAUUGUGGAAGUAUGAUGGUGAAAUAAAUGGAUUGCCUGAAAAUAUAAUGACAAGAAAAUGGUUCCCACAACGAGAUAUACUUCUUCAUCCAAAUAUAAAGUUAUUUAUAAGCCACGGUGGAAUAUCUGGAGUGUACGAAGCCGUAGACGCUGGAGUCCCUGUUCUCGGAUUCCCUCUAUUUUAUGAUCAACCAAGAAAUAUGGGUAAUUUAGUCGAAGAAGGAAUGGCGUUAUCGAUGGACUUAUUGACUGUUAAUAAAAAUUCAUUUUUGGAAAAAAUUAACGAGUUAAUCAAUAAUAAAAGUUACUCUCACUGUGCAAAAAUUGUUUCAAAACGAUUCAAGGACCGCCCAGUUUCGACAUCAGAAACGGUCAACUAUUGGUUCGAUUAUGUUCUACGUUAUAACGGAGCUUACCAUUUAAACUCCAAAGCUCUUAAAUUAACUUGGUAUCAAUACUUAAUGUUAGAUAUAAUCACUGUUAUACUUAUAUUUCUUAUUGUUUUUGCGUAUUUGACGUAUAUACUUUUCCAAUGGUUUCAAAAUUAUACAUUAAAAUUGUAUGAUUUAAACAAAAAGUUCAUUACUAUCAAGAAAUAGGUAGUUGAUAAUCAUAUUAUAUUAAAAAAUAAUAAAUCAAUGAUUUAUGAGUCAUAAUCUAAAUUAUAUUCAUAUAUAUGUAAAUUUUCUUAUUUUAUAAACAUUCCAAAGAUAAUGAAUAUGAUAGAAAUCGCCUAAAAAAAUAAAUGUACGUACAUUAGGUAUUACAUUUUGGAAAUUUUUUGUAUGUAAACGAUUUGUUCUUAAACAGGACGUAAUUUUCCAUAAACUUUAUAUUUUAUAAAAUAGCUAUGUACAUAAACGUAUACCAAAGAGAAAUCAAAUCAUAUGAAAAUUUUAAUUUACUACAAAGUUUUAAAAUACGAGAAUAAUAAAAACUUAUAACAUGUAAAUAGUGUAAUUAAAACAAUAAAAAUAUCUAAUUAUUAUAAGCUUAAUUUUAAAUCUUGUAAAUUUAAAUAAAUGAAAGUUAGUUAUGUUGAUUUUUCUGGUAUAAUAACUUAAGAGAAUUAAUAUAAUGUAAAUAUUAGGUAGCUAAUAAUAAAAUUUUAAAAUUUUAUUGAAUGUCUACUUGUGUAUAGAUUCUCUUUUAAAUUAAUGGCUGAUCGAAUAAGUACUUAAUAAAUUCUUACAGUCUUAUAAAAUAAUUUUACAUUUAAGGUUAGAUUGUAUUUGUACAUAGGUUCCUACUACAAUAAUUUAUAUUAUAUAGUUUUCUCAUUCCUAUAAGAAGACUAUAUUCAAACAUUUUUCCACCUCAUUUUUCUGUACCACAACUUUUAUCUUUUAAGCAUUAAUUGUCAAUUUAGUUUUAGUUCUUUUAAAAUUUGUAUUUUAAAACCUCAUUAAUAUAAUAGUUAUGUAAUAUAUGUGUAUAGUAUAAUAUAAGAGUGCCUAAUUCAAAUUUUGCAAAAUCGUUUUAGAAAUAUCUUGUGAUAUCUGUUAUUUAUAUUUUUAUUUUAAUUAUCCAACAAAAUAUCAAAUUCAUCCUUAUUAUUUAAAAUAUUAUAUAUUAUUAGAUUGGCCGUUAUACAUAAUAUAUAUUUAUUUUUAAAUAUUUACAUCAUUUUAGAUUCUGAGCGUAGCGAGGAAUGAUUGGUUUUACAAUGAUGUUUAUUUCUUUUUUAUUCUGUAAACACUUUUUCUCCCCCUAAACUUGCUCAAAAGUACAAGUAUAGCAUAUUUUCUGAAAGGUAAUGUUCUUGAGCUGGUACUUUAAACAAGUCAUUUUUUGAUUUUCGAAAUGAUACUCGAAAUAAAAGCGGUUUAAAAAGAAAAAAUGUAUAACUUCACGAUUAUGUAGCGUAAAAUAAUUACGGAUUUGUUUAUCACCAUAGAAACGAAUAAAAUUAAAUAAAAAAGAUUCCCUCGUCCACUUAGAAUCGUUUUUUAUCGAAUACAAUCAUAUUGCAUUCAAAUCGAAUACCUACAAUAAAAUUACACUAUCCUGUCCGAGGACCGAAGGGACGAUGGACAAACAUCCACCACCGAAAUGCGCUGACCUACUUUUUAAUAUCGUUAUUAUUAUAAUUAAAAUAAAUAAUUUUACUCAUCAGUGAACCUGUUUACAUAACUCUGUUAUAAUAAGUGUAUAACAGAUAAAAACAAUUUUGUUGAAUAAGUAACAUAGUACACUGUGUAUAUUUAUAACUUAGUUUACACGGUGAUUUUUUUUAUUUAAAAAUAUUUGUUACCAAUUUCAAAAUGUAUUAACGUCUUUGAAAAAUGUUUUUUUUUCAUAAUUUUCAGUCGAAAUAAAAUAACAUUUUUAAAUAUA